CAAGAACGGUUUUGAUCCUUUUCUAAGGAAUAUAAACAAAAUGUCAGUCAGUAAAAGAAAAGAUCAAGAUAUAUACAAAUGUAGAAACAUUUUAGGUGCAGAGGUUAUAGAGCACGAAGACCAGGAUCCUCCUUAUCCAGCACAAUCAAAAACUGCAGGACCUGCUAAUAAAACCUGGGCCCAUGACCCUAAUAUCUUCACAACAAAGACGUCAGAAACUGAGAAUAAGUUAGCCCCUGACCCUACUAUCAAUACGAUAAAGGGUUUAGAUACAAAGAAUAAUUUAAAAGAAAAUCUACCAAAUGUAUGUUUACCAAGUUUCAAAGGAGAAUCAUCAAAGGCUGGAAAUGUACAUGCAAAUACAUGUCACCUCUCAAAGUCUUUAAAUUUUACCCCCCAGAUAGAAUAUUUAAAACAAUCAAUGAUACUCAAGUCAAUUUUAAGUAAAAAUCUGCAAGACCUUUCAGACAAAUUAUUUUCUAAACCAGAAGUUAGUAUGAACAGUGAAGCAAGAGAGAAAAGUAGUUCUCUACUUACAAGCAUUCAUGAUAAAUCAUCAAGUAGUAUGGAAGACAACAUAUUGGGAAAAAAACAAGAUUUAAACAACUGGCUUUCAGAAAAAGACAUUUUAAAUUCAAAGACUAUUUUAAGUCAAAUAAUUAAAAAUAUUCCUGUGGAUUUAUUUUCAGAAGGUAGUCAAAUAACUGAAAAUAUUCCUGCAGAUUCACUUUCAGAAGGUGGUCAAGUAAUUAAAAAUAUUCCUGAAUAUUCACUUUCAGAACAGGGUCAGAUAAUUAAAAAUAUUCCUGCAGAUUCCUUUUCAGAAGGUGGACCAGGACAAUCUCCGGAGGUAGAAGAACAUGUCUCUAAAACACACUUCGAAGCUGAUGAGAGAGAUUUUCCAAUUAAAAAAAAGAGUAGUAUCAAAAAGAAACAUUUAAUAAGUGAAGUACCUAACUCCAAAUCAGGUUCAAGUGGCACUGUACAUGACUACAUUAUAAGGCAAAUAUUCACUGCACCAAUAUUCUCAGAAUUGGAGGUAGAAGUGAAAGAGCCAAGUGAAACACCAAUGAACUUGGAAAAUCAAGUACCUACACCUUGGAAGAGAAGUUUGUCAUCACAUAUUCUACUUCAUGAAGAUAAUGCUGAUAAAAUAGAAUUGCCACAGCCCAGAUCUGCUAUAAGCCAGAUAAUACAAGCAUUUCCUGUAGAUAUUCUUUUAGAAUCUGGGAUAAUCAAAGUGAUAGAAUUAGAUAAAGAACGCCGUAAGAGUUCUUUGCUGGGUACGGGGAUCACUUCACCUAAAGGAAAGCUGAAGGAUUCCCAAGAGUAUUAUUCAGAAAUCAGAAGCGAGACAGAACCUCUUUCUGAGCAGAAUAUACCCAUCAUUCCCAAAGACACUACUUCUGUUAGUAGAGUUGAAUUUAUACAGGAAGACCAAAAUAUGUUCCCACAAGAUUCAAGUUAUUAUUCAAUAGCAAAUAAAGAACUGGAUUUGCCAAGAAAUGGUCAGAGGCUUGGUAAAGACGAAAAUGACCUCAGUUCUACUUUAGAAAGUUUAACUAACUCAUUAAUGGAUAAACUUAAUGAAUCAGAUGAAAUAAUGUUAAAAUCCUUUUUAAAAAACAUCUUCAAUGUUUUUUUCAAAUAUAAUCAAUUUGAAAGAAGAGGACAACCAGAAAGAGAAUUAGAAAGACUAAUUCAACCUUCUUUUACAAGUGACACAGAACACCUUAAAGAAAUCCAAGAGAAUUUUGAUAAAGUAGACAAAUUAGACAGAAAACAUAUUUUGAGUCCAAAGUUGCGUGUGUUUCUAGAAGAACUCUCAGAGUCAGAAGUAAAAAAUUUAAAAUCUGAAUUAAGUAAACAAAUCCAGCAUUACCUUGUAGAAAGACUUUCAGAAUCAGGACAUAUCACCAAGGAGGACUUACCAAAAAUCUACCGAAAUCUGUAUCUGAUGAAUGAGAAGGUAGAGCGGAAAGGGCCAAACAGUUUUCAGGGGAAAUAUUCUGAAACUGUGAAAGAAAUCAUGUCUUUUGUCAAAAAUUUCAAUCAUCAUUUCAUAGAUAAACAUUUAGAAAUAAAGCUAAGGUCUUUUUUAAAUGAGAUUCUCCAAAACUAUUUCCUAAAAAACAUUUCAGAAAGCAGUUUAUUUAAUGAGACAGAAUCUGAGACUAUAUACCCAAACAUGUCUUCUCUAAGGACUAAAAGUGUCUCACUUUCUUUUCAUGAACUAGAACAAGAUAUUUCAAAGGGGAGUUUUGGUAGAAGGUUUGAAAUAAACAUGAAAUAUCCUUUAAGUAAAUCUCUACAAAACUAUCUGAUAGCUUUAUCAGAAAAUGAAUUAUUACAUCUAAAAGCUGAUUUAAGCAAACACCUCCAGGGUCUUUUUUUAGAAAAACUUUCAAAAUCAGGACUAAUGACAAAAAGGCAAUUAGAAGGGAUCAACCAGCAUAUAAAUUUGCUUAAUUCUAGUUCUAUACCAUUAAAAUAUAUAAAGACACAUUUACCUUUUAGAGAUGACCAUCACUUUGUGGAGAAGCAUUCAGAAAAGCAAAAUAAAUAUUCAAGAAUUGUUCAACAAACCACUUUACAAACGGUUUCUGAGGAUAAACUUAGAGAAACAGAACUGAUUCGAGAGAAAGAAAAGAAAUAUUUUCCCUUACAGAAUUUAAAAGAAAAUUCAUCUUUAAUUAGGGAACAGAAAAGUUAUUACACUAAAGAAGAAGCUAAAACACCAAGUUUAAUCAAAGUACAACCUUCUUCCAAUAAAAAUACCCAGGCAAGUCCAUUAAACAAUUCAUCAGAAACACUUACAGAUAUACUGCUUAAGAAACUAAGGAAAGAACAUGUAUUUAUGCAGCUUCCUCAAGCAGAAAAUUCUGUUUAUAAAACACAGAUUCAAGACCCAUAUAGUUGGGGUGGUAAAUCAAAAAUAACUCAAUCAAAAGCUUGGUGUGAAAGGACACAGAAAAUGAAGUCCCUUGAUAGAAAGGAGCAUGUAAACAUCUAUAAAUGGACUGUUCAGGAAAAACCUGAAGCAGUAUUAACAUCGUAUCCAAGAAUUCCUAAUGCCAGAAUGCCAAGGGAAGAUGAAUAUGUAAACAGACUCACUUUUCCUUCCUGGCAAACUAGCACUUUAACUCAUUUCAAUACAGAGACUGAGGAAAAAUCAAAAUUAGAAGACCAGUAUUGUCAGAGACUGAAAGGAAAUAAUAACAAUAAUAAAAAACAUUUAGUAACAUUUGCACAAUACAAAAAAGAAAUACAAACUCUUUAUAUAAAACCAGAUGAAAUUUGCACUGAAAAAUGUGCCAAGUUCCCUGAAAUACAGUCAUUCCAAUAUAAAGAUGUAGAAAAUGAGAAAAACUCGAAACCAUCCCUCUUCCCAGAAUUAUUUAAGAGAGAAGAUCUAAAACCCAAGGUCCGAAAAGAAAGAGACCGUGUCGCCAAACCAAAGAAGUCAUUUAACAAGAUAGUCAGGAUACUGCCAACCACACUGCCCACCACAAGAAUUCACCUAAAGAAGUCUGUUCCAAGGACACUGCUUCACUGGACUGCAAGAACUACUAUACAUGAUUGUUCAGAUAAAUUUGAGGAUUUACAUGACAUGACCUCAUUUACACACCUUAAAAAAGUAAAAUCAAGAUCAAGGCUUUUAGGAAAAAGCUCAGAUGAUAUCCAUAAUCAUGCCAGACACUCUGCAAGACCAUAUACUGCUCCGGAGGUUAACAAGCAACGAGAAAGCUACAGUGGAAAGUUUACAAGUCGUCGAAUGGUUUCAUCAGGCUUAGUUCAUAUAAAUGAUAAAACAUCAGAUUAUGAAAUGCAAAAAAUGCGGCCAAAAAAAAUUAAAAGAGGAUAUUGAAAAAUAUUCGUUCAUUUGUGUUAUUAUAAAACAUGUUUAACUUAGAAUGAUAUGUGAGGCCAGCAGUCAGAAUAUCAUCUCUCCAUUAACAAAAUGGUUUGGAGAUCUCUUCUUCUGUGUGACAGAAGUCAGCAACCAACUUUCAUCUUGUUAGAACUAUUUUGUUUUGAUUAAAAUGAAAAACAAACA